AUGCCCGCAUAUCAUUCAACCUUCCUCGGUGAUAGCUCCUCAGAGAGAGUUGUUGGAAACGUUGUCUUGUUGCCAAUUCAUACCCAAUUCCGUGGCCCAUCAUACCCUCCCGAAUCGGAGUAUGAUAUUGUUGAGGAAACUUUGGACCUUUUCAGAGCUAACUCCUUCUUCAAGAAUUUCGAUAUCAAGGGUCCUGCUGAUAGAUUACUUAUUUACGGUAUAUUGUUUGUGAGCGAUUGUUUAUCGAAGCUAAAUGGUAAAAUCAGCUAUAGGGAAGCUACAAGGGUCUUGAACAACUUAGCUCUUGACUCGUUUGCUUUGCCUGGUGACAUUGGUUUCCCUUUGAAUGCUCUCUACCAGGCCCCCUCCUCCAAGAAUGAUGCUGAUUUGCUCCGGGGCUAUUUGCAGCAAUUUCGCCAGGAAUUGGCAGACCGGUUGUUGAAAAGAGUAUACGCCGACGACGAAACAUUGGACUUAGAGGAGACUAAGUUUAUCGACUAUAACUUGCAAAACCUUUCUCAUUUUGAGGGGAACAGAUGUGAGACUUGCCACAACAAGAUAAAACAUGCCAAAUACCUAUUGUUCAGCAACCCUGAUAAACAACAUUUGAUUUCACUCACUUUAUAUAAGUAUUGCUUGGAACAGAAUCUGGGAAAAGAUUCCAAGUGUGAAUUCAUGGACUUUUUUGUCUUCACCUCUCACCAAAACAACUUUGGUCACCCAGGGACAGAACUGACUCACACAAAAGAAGCAACUUCCAUUAACUUUUUUUAUAAUGAUUUUACCGAAAUGGUAAGGCAUUUUAACUUGUCCUCGGAACUUUCUCUUGAUUAUUACUGUCACUAUAAGGGCAACUAUUGCGAUUUACCUGAAACACCGGAGAUAUCAACUAUAAUAGAUUUGGAUUCUAUGUGGCCUGCAAAGCAACCGAAGCAUAAUUCUGAACCAGCUUAUAAUCAAGCUUCCGAAACUUUUAAUGUCCUCCAUCUUUCAGAUUUUCAUAAUCAAUUGCGAUUUGAGGUAGGUGCUGAAGCCAAUUGCUCUCAAGGGCUCUGUUGCCUACCCGAGUCUUUCAAUAAAGAACUCACUCCCGACGAAUAUAAUUUCACUGCAAAUUAUAAAGCUGCAGGUGCUGACAUUAGUUCAAUUGACCUCUCGUUCUAUCCAGAAGCCCAUUUCAUCGGUGGUGGCACCUAUGAGAAGGGCCAAUUCUAUGAUAUUCCCAUUUACCGGGGUUGGAACUCGGUUUGGGAACCUGCAACUACUUUCGGUAAUUACAAGUGUGACCCUCCUGAAGUAAUGUUGAACCACAGCUUAAAGUUUAUCUCUUCAACUUUUAGCCAGAACGAUUAUGAAUUCGCCAUUUUCACUGGUGACAUUGUUGACCACGAUGUUGCACAUUGCGAUGCUAAUACUACGAAAUAUGCUGAAACCAGAUCUUACAGAAUCAUGAAACACUUUCUUAAUAAGCUACCUAUUUACCCGACAUUGGGUAACCACGACACCUUCCCUUAUGGGCAACUAGCGCCCAAUAAAUUGAUGAUCAAUACCUCAGAUAUCUCACUUCACUGGAAUGAUGAACUUAUAAGUGAACUUUGGGUGGAUAACGGCUGGAUUGAGUCUUCUCUUAAAGAUUUCAUUAGACGCCAUUAUUCGUCAUAUGCCACUGUCACCAAAGGCGGUUUGAAAGUCAUCUCUCUCAACUCAAACUGUUACUACCAGAAAAACUUAUACUCCUAUAUAAACAUGGAAGCUGAUCCCGACCUCUUUGGUCAAUGGAGCUUUCUUAUCAAUGAAUUGGUUGAAAGCGAAAAAAUUGGGCAACGAGUAUGGAUCAUCGCCCACAUUCCUGCUGGUGACUACGACACUUUACCUAUCCAAUCAAGUAUUUUUGCUAAGAUUGUGGAACGCUUUUCCCCCUUCACCAUCGCGAAUAUUUUCUAUGGUCAUACCCAUAGGGAUCAAUUUAAGUUGCUUUACAAGAAUGAGACGGCCAUUAGUAUGGCGUGGAUAUCGCAAGCGAUUACGCCCCUUGGACCAGCAAACCCGUCAUGGAGGUACUAUGAAGUACAAGAAGAAUCUUUCAACAUACUCAAUUCCUUCAACUACUACUCCCGAUUGAACGAGACAUGGGUCAAUGGUGCGAGGGAACCCUCUUGGAACUACGAAUACGAUACUAGAGCUACAUACGAUCCUGAAGCGAAAUGGCCAGCACGCGCACCAUUGAAUGCAACCUUUUGGGAUGAAUUCGUGGUUAAAAGGCUUAAAAAUGUUCUGGAGAUUACCACUAAUCAGAGAUAUGCUGAUCUCAUGUUCCGUGAAAACCCGUAUGUGCCCAACUGUACAAAUGGCACGAAAGUGACGACGCAGUGCUACCAGAACAAUUAUUGCGACGUUAUAGGCUUCACGGUUGAUGACUAUAAUUCUUGCGUUCGUGGUUUGGAGCAUCAAUACCAUUAA